CUAGACGAAUACUUGUAUAGCUCAUAAUCAAAUAAGACUAAGGCUAAUCUCUUCCAUUAGCUAAAGAGAACCAUUCAAUUUUAAUUAACUCCCCCAAGUCCUCUCUGCAACUUAUAUUUGGCAGCGGCCUUGGCGGCAGAGUUAAUUCAACACCGGGAAAAAACGAAAGCCAAGAACUCACGAAGUUAAAAACUUAAAUCCGCUUCUUUUUUUUUUCUCCACUGAUAUUUACAAUGGAGGAUCAAGAGAGUCGACCAACGAAAAAAAGUGAAUAAGCAGAGAGGUAGAAUCAGAAAUCUCGUGUGGAAAGCGCCGCUCAUCGCAACCAAUAUCUUGAAAACAGAGAUAUGGAUGCUGCGUCCGCAACAGAAGUUUCAUCACCUUCUUCCCCCUCUUGCAAAAUUGCUUGCUAUUCAUAAGAGAGACUGAAACCUAUCCCAUCCCACAUAAGCACGAAGCGAAGAACUGGAACAGGAAGAAGAAAAAAAACGUAAUAAGAGUUUCUGAUAUGUUUUCCCAGUACUAACUUAGUCUGUCGCGGCGGAGGCGAAUCUGGUGUUUGAUUUAUAGCAUAGCGGCGGUGUUGUUUGAAGGCCGAAGCGCCUUUUGCCCUAACCCCAAACGGCCGCUGAGCAGGUCGUUUCAUCGCACGGGUUGGUUUAUUAUUUGUUAUGCUAGCAAUGGAUGAUAAACCCGUCGUAUGCUGGACAAUAUAAUCGGUAUCGGUCAUAAAAUCGGUUGGAACAGUCCGAUAUUAAUUAGGAUGACAGAUUUUUUAUUUCUACAAAUUGACAUUAUUUUAUCAAAUUUAGUUUAAAAAUAAUAUUUGAUUUGUUACUCGAAUUUGAAAGUUAAAUCUUUUGAUUUCAUUUGGAUGUUAUAUAUUAUAUUUUAUUUAAAUACGAAUACUAAUUUUAAAGAGAUUAUCUUCAAAUAUAUUAUAAAUUUGUCUAGAAUCAUUUAUUAGUGAUGGGCCCACGUGGUUGAGCGCUAUUGGGUUUAAAGCCCAAGGAGAAGAGUUAGCAGGCCCAACGAGCAUACAGAUAAGGAGAGUUAGGCGGCCACCCAUAGACAAGACAAGAGUACCGCAUGACAUAAAACAAUGAUCGACUAAGAUUCACCUUGGUAUAAGCAGGACUUAGCAUUAGUUACCGUCGUAUGCGGCCGUGCACGAGGCAGAGUAGGUUUAGGGCGCCUAACAUGACAUUUAAUGCCCUGGACCCUCCUAUAAUUGCGGCCUGCGUAUAAGUACUCCAUGAGAGCAUUGAUAGUAACUCAACUACGUACACUCUCUCUAAAUCUAACACAUAUUCUUACUUCUCCCUCUAACUUAAUCUUCGGAGAGUGUCCUGGGCAACCGACCAUGGACGGUUGUUUCACAGGAUUCUGGAGUGCAUCCCUCCAUCAAGAUCAGACGCCGUACUCGUGCUCUGCAUAAACGCAUGCUUAGUACUUUCUAGGCUCAAACAAUUAGUGUUAAUGAUUUUCAUUUCUCUACAUGCUUUUACUUAAACCGACAUAAACUAAUAUGAAUCGAUUAUUGUUGAUUGUGCCAUAUCACUUACCAAACCGGUUAACCCUGAUCCGAUCUCUCUGGUUCUCUCUCUCUUUUUAUAUUUUACAGCGGAUAGGGGAGUGGACUGCCACGUCACUCUCCUCAUUGACCCGAGUGAAGCAAGAAGAGCGUGAGAGUCCAAAACAACUGGGAACGGACCGAACCAGGAUGAUGUUGGCAGCGCACGCGCCACCUUUUUUCCUCAUUAAGUCCCACCGUCUCCUCUUCGCCUCGUCUUUUCUCCUGUCAUCUCCUACUCCGACUCCGACUACUUCGCGGCCGCUCUCAGUCGCCACCUCCGCCGCUAGGUGUCUUCUCCGCGUCAAGCCUCGCCGAUUCGCCACCAUGGCUGCGGAUAGUCCAUCCGCGCUCGUUUCUCCGCCGGCGCAUGUAGUUGGACCCUGGUACUCCGUCCCGGAACUUCGGCUUCGCGACCAUCGAUUCACUGUUCCCCUCGACUAUUCCUCCGUCGAUUGCGGUGUUUCCACGAAGCUCACUGUCUUCGCUCGCGAAGUUGUAGGCGUGGGGAAAGAAGAUCAAUUGCUGCCCUACCUAUUGUACCUUCAAGGUGGCCCGGGCUUCGAGUGUCCACGUCCGUCUGAAGCUAGUGGAUGGCUACAAAAGGCCUGCGAGGAAUUUCGUGUUGUUCUCAUGGAUCAGAGAGGAACAGGGUUGUCUACUCCCUUGACACCUUCAUCUAUGUCUCAGUUGGGUUCUGCAGAGAAGGUGGUUGAGUACUUGAAACACUUUCGUGCGGACAAUAUAGUGAAAGAUGCUGAGUUUAUCCGAGUUCGACUUGUUCCUGAUGCUGGACCUUGGACAAUUUUGGGCCAGAGUUAUGGUGGAUUUUGUGCAGUGACUUAUCUGAGUUUUGCACCUCGAGGACUAAAGCAAGUGCUUCUAACUGGAGGGAUACCUCUUGUAGCGGAUCACUGCACUGCAGAUACUGUCUACAGAGCAUGCAGUGAACAGGUUAUUCAUCAGAAUGCAAAGUACUAUGAAAGGUUCCCUCAUGAUGUUGAAGUUGUUCGUGAAGUUGUGAAGUAUUUAGCUAAUGCUGAAGGAGGCGGGGUGCCUCUUCCAUCAGGGGGAAUCCUGACCCCAAAAGGACUGCAAACUCUUGGUCUUUCCGGUUUGGGAUCUAGUUCAGGUUUUGAACGUUUGCAUUAUUUGUUUGAGAGAGUAUGGGAUCCGAUUAUAGUUCCGGGAUCAAAGAAGCAAAUCAGUGACUACUUCUUGAAUGGCUUUGACAAUUGGUUGGAUUUUGGUACAAAUCCACUCUAUGCUCUCAUGCAUGAAUCAAUAUACUGUCAGGGUGCCUCAUCACGGUGGUCUGCUCAUAGAAUAAGGGGGGAGUAUGACGAUAAAUUCAAUGCAAUCAGAUCCAUUGAAGAGGGCCGCCCUGUAUUUUUCACAGGAGAGAUGGUGUUUCCAUGGAUGUUUGACGAAGUUUUUGCCUUGAAGAAAUAUAAAGAUGUUGCUCAUUUGUUGGCUGAAAAGCAGGAUUGGCCUCCUUUGUACGACCCUGCUGUGCUAAGCUGCAACAAGGUGCCGGUGGCAGCUGCUGUGUAUUAUGAUGAUAUGUACGUCAACUUCAAGCUGGCGAUGGAGACAGCCUCCAAAAUCGCAGGGAUUAGGCUAUGGAUAACGAAUGAGUACAUGCACUCUGGUCUUCGAGACGCAGGUGGGCAGGUGUUGGACCAUCUGCUGGGGAUGUUGAAUGGUAAGAAGCCUUUGUUCUGAUACUACAACCACAUACGGUUGCAAUGUCGUUUGUCCCCCUCGCAGUCGACAUAUGUCUAUUCGUCAGUAGAUGGCCAGAGAGCCGUUGUAAGCUUCAUGUGGGUGAAUAAAAAUGGCGUCCCGUUUAGUUUGUGGUAGUCAGAGACAGUUGAAGUUGGUUGGUUUUGGAAUAUAACAAUUUUUACACUUCAUGAUAUGUCUUGUUAGUGAAGGUUGGAGACCGUAGACCUCCAUUACCUUGCAGGUUCGGCACUCUUAGCUAGUGGUGUGAAAGAGAAGGUAAUAGAUGAGAAUGUUAGCAGAAAGUUUCUUAAACAGGUGAACUAAUUGGGAGUGGUUGCUUGAGGAGUAAGGUCUCUUCCUUCCGGAGGCGUAUUGCUGACGUCUGAGGAAACACGUCAAAAGCUGGGGCAACUUUCUCUGUCGUUCCAUAUUUGUGGAUCCUGAGCAACAAGCUAUUUAAAUCAAGGGGAAAAGGGCACAUGGGUUUUCUUUUGUAUUUUGAAAUUUGCAACUUGGGAUGGACAUUGUUAUCUUUUCCUUUGUUGAAGUUUUCGUAUGAUGAGGCAGAGGCACCUCGGAGAAGCUUGUUAUCUGCGUGUUGAGAUUUUGCUACAAAAUCCAAACCUAAACAUGGCUUGCAGAAUUGGGUUUUUGUUUCAUUUGACGGAAACGAAAGAUACUGAUCGGUACACAAUGUACCAAAAUAUUUAACUGGUUAUAUUGAAUUCUUGAUUCCACCAAACUUUUCUUGGGGGGCAUGUGAUACAAAUUAAAAAGAACGGUUUAGACUUAUCAUUUGUGUUGUACCUGCACUCCUGCAGGCCUAGCCCCUAGGAGUAGGGCUGAAAAUGAGCUCACUUCUGAUAGAACCUUGUAGAAGUGAUAGAGAAUUAGGGAUUGAGAAGAAUUGAAGAACAAUAAGGGAAAGAUAGGAUUUAUGGAUUUUGAUAUUAUCUGAAAAUGAGUGUUCUUAACUUUUUUGUAUGAGUUCUAGACAAAUAACACAAAAUAACAAAUAUGUCACUCCUAUUCGGCCAAUCCCGCCCCUACUGACCCAACCCGUUAGACGGGUUUCUAUCAUCCCCUCCCCCAUCAGAAACGACCUUGUCCUCAAGGUCGAAGAUCGGGAAACGCUGUUGAAGGACCGACAUCUCCUCCCAUGUGGCAUCCUCCGGCUCCAUGUGUUGCCACGAAAUAAGGCUCUCCUCGACUAAGCGGUCGCCUUUCCUCGUCUACAUCGUAUCCAACACCUGCAAUGGAGACAUCUCCAGGUCGCCAUCGGUCGAGACCGAUGGCGCAGUAGUCUCGACCCGAUCAGACGUCCCUCGAUAUCUCUUCAAAAGAGACACGUGAAAGGUCGAGUGUAUUUGAGCAUCCGCGGGUAACUGUAGGCGGUAAGCUACCAGGUUGACCUUCUGCAGCACCGCAUAGGUCCAAAAAAUCAUGUUGCGAACUUCUGGUACGCCCGCCGGAAGACUGAAGCCUGUCUGUACGGGUUCAGGCGAAGCAACACCCAAUCCCCCACCCUGAACUCCUCCCCGCGUCUUCCCGCGUUCGCCAGCUGCUUCAUUUUGUUGUUCGCAGCCGCCAAGUUGGCCUUGAGCUGUCCCAAAGCCUCGUUUCAUGCCCCCAGCCAUCGAUCCACUGCAUCCACAAGACUAGCACCAUUCUGGUAGCGCACCAAGGAGGGUGGUGGUCGCUCAUACAACGCCUCGAACGGGGGUGGUCUGGAUAGCCCGGUGAUAUGCAGAGUUAUACCACAACUCGGCCCACGGAAGCAUAGCUAGCCACUGUCGCGACUACUGAUGGACAAACCAACACAGAUAAUGCUCCAGGUAGCGGUUGACCACCUCCGUCUGGCCGUCAGUCUGAGGGUGGUAUGCCGAGCUCAUCCGCAGUGUAGUCUUUGAUGAAAGGUUAUUAACAAAGGAAUAAUAAAUAUUUUCUCCAUGGCCUCCUAGUUUAGUAGUUUUGAGAAUAAUUUUGAAAUUACUUU